CAUAUUGGUGUCUGUUUUGCCAAGGUCAUAGGGUAUCCUGGUUCUCAAGGCAGUUUCAAUGGAACCAGGAAGCGCUCCCAACCAAGGAGACUCGUCCGCGCUCUCCCUGGCCGCCUCCGAGGGCCGCCGGCACAAGACCGGCGCGGGUUACGUGCCUCUCCUGGUGAUCAGCGCGGUGUGCCUCUUCGUCGGCUCCCUCUCGUCCAGCCUCCUCGCCAAGUACUACUUCAUCCACAAGGGCUCCAGCCGGUGGGUGUCGACAUGGGUUCAGUCCGCCGGCUUCCCUCUCCUAAUCCCUUUCGUUUGCGUCCCUUACUUCCUCAAGCGCACCCAGAGACGACCCUUCACUCACUUCACCCCAAAGCUCUGGGUCCUGUCCAUCUUCGUGGGCCUCAUGCUCGGCGUCAACAACCUCCUCUUCUCCUGGGGCACCUCCUACCUCCCCGUCUCCACUUCUUCGCUCCUCCUCUCCACACAACUCCUGUUCAACCUCAUUCUCUCCGUCCUCAUCGUCAAGCAAAAGGUCACCUUCUCUAACCUCAACUGUGUCAUGCUCCUGACCCUGAGCUCGGUCCUUCUGGCCCUGUCGUCGAGCCACGACCGGCCACCGGGCCUGACCCGGGCCAAGUAUUUCAUAGGGUUCUUCUCCACCGUUGGCGCCGGGCUCUUGUUUGCACUAUAUCUCCCUGUCAUGGAGAAGAUAUACAGGAAGGUAUAUUGCUACGCGAUGGUGGUCGAAAUGCAGCUGGUGAUGGAGAUCGCGGCGACGGUGCUGGCGACCGUGGGGAUGAUGGCGGAUGGAGGGUUCGCGGAGAUGAAGCGAGAGGGGGAGAGGGUGUUCGACAAGGGGCCUAGGGUUUACUACGUGACGGUGGCCAUGACCGUGGCGUGCUGGCAGAUGUGCUUCAUGGGGACGGCGGGGAUGGUGUUCAUGACGUCGUCGCUGACCGGCGGGAUCUGCAUGACGGCGCUGUUGGCGAUGAACGUGUUGGGCGGGGUGGUUGUCUAUCGCGACGACUUCGAGGGCGUGAAGAUCGUGUCCACGGUGCUGUGUGUAUGGGGUUUCUGCUCCUACGUGUACGGCAUGCACCUGAAGAACACCAAACACCAAGAAACUGACAACAAGUCCAGCGUUACUCCUGCUGGUACCGGUCCUAGGAACCGUCAUGGUCAAGCCAUGGAGAUGGGUCGGAUGCCGGAUGUCGCAUCCGGGCUCGUUUAGCGAAACCAAAAUGUUUGUAUUAUCCCCCUUCUAUGACUGUUUUGCACUAGUGCUAGAUAAAAUGUAAUUAGUAGUGUGGGAAUAGCCGGGACUGAAUCAAGUGGUCGUUAGCAGGAUGUCAAUAGGCCUAGGAUCUCUGUGACCACCAUAAUAAAACUUGCGAAUUGUUAAAUGCGCAUUCCCAGUGCAUGCUCAUCAUCGGCCGGCCCGCCUUGCCUGGAUCACAAUUUCCGAACAGUUCCACCUCCACCUCCAGUGCCCUAUGACGAUAUUACUCUUUCGAAUCCUGUGAAAAUAUUAUCGCCAGUCCCAGACAACUUCUCGGAUGAUGACAACCUGAUGCACUUACACCAGGAGACACCUUUAUGACUUGGCAAAGCAAUUGCUAAGGGGGGAGAAAAAAAAAAAGGUGAGGAACGUCGUGGGUUUGCUCACACGAGUUUAACUUUGUAUUAAUUGGAACUGACCACCUUUCCAUCUA